AGGGUUAAAUAGAAGGGAACAGGGAAAGGGUUUAAAAACAGGGAGAGGGUUAAAUACAGGGGAACAGGGAAAGGGUUUAAAAACAGGGAGAGGGUUUAAAAACAGGGCGAGGGUUAAAUAAGGGGAAUAAGGAAAAGAUUUAAAAACAGGGAGAGGGUUUAAAAACAGGGAGAGGGUUAAAUAGAGAGGAACAGGGAAAGUGUUUAAAUACUGGGAAUAGGUCAAGGUUUUAAUUACAGGGAGAGGGUUAAAGACAGGGAUAUAGGGAACGUGUUUAAAACAGGGAGAGGGUUAAGUACAGGGGUACAAGGAAGGGUUUAAAAACAGGGAGAGGGUUAAAUAUAGGGGAAUAGAGAAAGGGUUUAUAAACAGGGGAAUAGGGUGCAGUUUAAACACAAGGGAACCUGAGGCUUAAACACAGCAAUAGGGAGAGGGUUAAAUACAGGGGGACAAGGAAUAAGUUUGAUACAGGGGAAUAGGUGAAGGUUAAAAACAGGAACGGGGCAGCGUUUAUAUAGCAAAGCAGGAAGGGUGUUCAAUACAGGGGAACAGAAAUACAGUUGAAUACUGGGGAGCAGAGAGAGUGCAAAAUACAAAGGAACAAGGAGUGUGUUCAAUACAAAGGAACAAGGAGAGGAUUACAUCUGAGGAAAACAAAUCGGUUAAAUCCAGGGGAACUGGGAAAGUGUUAAAUACAAGAGAAAAAGGCAAGGGGUAACUACAAGGGAACAGGGAAUUAAAUACAGGGGAAAUACUACAGGGGAAGGGGUAAAUACAGGGAGGGAGUUAAAUAUAGAGUAGUAGGGAGAGGAUUAAUUACAUAGUAAAAUGGUGAGGGCUAAAUACAGGGGAAAUGGAGAGGAUUAAAUACUGGGGAAGGGAGAAGUGAAAUAGACAGUAAUAGGUUUAAUGCCGAUUAUAGGAUUAAUUUGAGAGUAAUAGGAAAAGAGUUAAACACAGUUAAAAAUUGUAAUUGGGAAAAUUUAAACAGUAAUAGUGAGAGGGUUAAAUAAAACAUGACAGGUACAGUAUUACAGAGCAUAAUAGGGACAGGAUUAAACACACCAGUGGAAAAUUGAAUACAGAAAGAGGGUUAAAUACAAAGUAACAGGGAGAGACUUUAAUACAGAGUAAUAGGGAGAUGAUUUAAUACAGAGAGGGUUAAAACAGGUAAAUAGAGAUACAAUUAAAUACAGAUUAGACAGGAUAAAUGUAGAGAGGAUUAAAUACAGAGGAAUAAACAGUGUAUUAAGUGCAGGUAAGAGGGAGAAUGCUAAGUAUUAAAAACAGGAUUAACUACAUAGUGUGAUUCAAUAUGACGAGGAAUACAUAAAUAUAGAGGAAUAGAGAGAGUUAAAUACAGAAAGAGAGGCGUUUAAAUACAGCCCAAUUGUGACAGAUGGGUUUACACACAUCCUGAGAGAAAGCGUGGUUCAAAUAUUGGGGGAGAGAGGAUUUAACACACACGCUGAGAGAGAGGUUUAAAUAUUGGGGGGAGAGGGGAUUAGCUAAAGAGAGUGUCUGACUGAGUUGUCAGUGAUUCCAUCCAAUCCGCUGACUGCAAUGUCCUUGUCAAUGCCUGCCCAUUCAUUUUCAGCCCAGGACCGCCAAGAAAACAGAGAUGUAAGUUUCACUUCCAGUCGACUGAGAUAAAGGAGUGUGUGUCUCUGCUGAGGAGGUUCACUGACCGUGAAGAGAGAGAGAGAGAGAGAGAGAGAGAGAAAGAAAACCGACUCCUUUCACAAGCAGCACUUGCCAUCACCACGUGCAGUGCAGCCGGGGGAUCGGGAAACUCCCAGGAUAUCAAAAGAGAAUUUCCGUGAGUCAGGGCGAUGGAACCUCUCAGGGAGAGGAUCAAAAGGCUCUUGACAUUCGCCACGGGGCUGUUUGAGUGCAUCUGCUUCUCUGGCGUGCUCUUCGGCUGGGCGUCCCUCGUCUUCAUACUAAAGAAGGAGAAAUAUUUCGCCAACCUCUGUGACCCUGCGCAGAACAGCAGCCACCACGGAGCGGAAAAUGGCACCAUGCACUGUGAUCCCCAGGAUGAACGCUUCACCCUCCUCUUCACUCUGGGAGCCUUCACAAACAAUUUUGUGACACUGCCAUGCGGCUUCAUGUUCGACCGCUUCGGUACCAUGGCGACCCGCUUUUUCGGCAUAUUCCUAUACACCACAGCCACCCUGAUGAUCGCCUUCUCGCAUGCUGAUACUGCGAUGCUGCUGUUUCCUGCUGUCUGUCUGCUUGCAGUGGGUGGAAUCCUAUUCCUUUUGACAAAUAUGCAGGUUGGAAACUUGUUUGGCAGGCGACGGUCCACAGUGAUCACUAUGUACAACGGAGCGUUUGACUCCUCGUCAAUCGUGUUCCUGUUGGUUAAGGUUUUAUAUGAGGCUGGGCUGUCUUUAAGGAACGUUUUCCUGUUCAUUAGCUGUCUUAGCUCGAUCCACAUUGCGCGGACCUACAUGCUACUCCCACGGUCACACAUUCCCUACCCUCUGCCAGACGGCUACACUUAUGGGAUGCAAUGUGAGGGCUCUGGCAUCCAGAUGUUCCGCCAGGCUGUGGAAACUUCGAGCCGGGCCGAAUCUCCCAAAGAAGGAGAAGGAACCGAGGGAGAGAAGGAAGAGCAGAGAGAGGAGACGGAAGGAGGCAAGGCUGAGGGGCAGGAGGUGCCCGAGGCCACUGAGGGUGCGAGUCUCCUGCAGCCCAGCCCGAAAGGCCCGGAGGCGAGUGAGGAGGCCAUCCCAUCCUUCAAGAGCUGCAUCUUCUCAAGGCUGUUCGCCACCCACCUGAUCUGGCUGUCGAUAGUGCAGCUCCGGCAUUACCUGUUCAUCGGCAUACUCAACCCCAUGCUGACCCUGCUGGCCCGCGGUGACACCCAGCUAAUCAGCUCGUAUACCAAUGCCUUCGCCUUCACGCAGUUUUUUGGGGUCUUCUGUGCUCCCUGGAAUGGGCUGCUCCUGGACCGGCACAAACGGAAAGCCAAGCCGACUGAAACUCCAAGCUCAGAUUCCCUUGCCCUGCAGCGACUGAUAGACCUGAAGGCCACGGUGCUGUCCCUCACCAUCACCGUCACCCAGUGCGUCCUGUUCUCUCUCUCUGCUGCCAUUCCCGUUCUGCCUGUGCAGUACCUUACUUUCGUCCUGCAAGUCAUCAAUCGCGCCUUCCUGUACGGCGGCCACGCUUCGUUCGUUGCCAUCGGGUUCCCUACCUGCCACUUUGGGAAGGUCUUUGGUAUAUUGAUGGCCCUCUCUGCAGUCUUCUCUCUGCUCCAGUAUGCCUGCUUUGCUCUGGUCAAGGGACCCUUGCAGGACGACCCGAUGUAUAUGAACAUAGCAUUUGUCAUCCUGGUGACCUUGGCCUAUGUUCACCCCGUCAACGUUUUCCUGUACUGUCGGCAGGAAAUGCAGCGGAGGGAAGCUCUGAAGCCUCCUCAGGUCGAGGUGCCCAUCCUGGAGAAGACCGAUCAGCCAGGGGAAACCGAUAUCUGAGGCGGGCCUGUCUUUGGGCUGGGAGGGUGGCUGGCUGGUUGAUGAGGUUGGGCCUGGAGCAGAUUGCCGUUUCCUUGGAAACCGGAGUCUGUUCCCCCCCCAUUCUGGGAUGUUUGGGUCAAGAGGUGAGCUCGCCGUUGAGAGGACCUUUGGCGCUCCUUCAUUUUGGAUGUUUCCAUUCUGUUCCAGGGGAUUGCCGAUGCUCCUCCUUGCCUUCCUCUCCAACACGACCCACCUGCCCUCCCCGCUCCACACCACCCCGUCUUCCUUCUCCUUUUCCUCUCCCUCCUCCUUCCCUCUCUCUCUCUCUCCCCCACCCUCCAGCUACUCUCCGCCUCCUCCCAGGCACCUACACACUCUCUCUCUCUCUCCCCCACCCUCCAGCUACUCUCCACCUCCUCCCAGGCACCUACACACUCUCUCUCUCUCUCUCUCCCCCCUCCUCCCCCUCUCUCUCUCUCUCCUCUCUCUCUAUCCCCCCCUCUCUCUCUCUCCCCCCCCUCUCUCUCUCGCUGUCUCUCUCUCUCCCUGUCUCUCUCUCUCUCUCUCCCCCACCUCCUCCUCCUCUCUCUCUCUCUCUCUCCCCCACCCUCCAGCUACUCUCCGCCUCCUCCCAGGCACCUACACUCUCUCUCUCUCUCUCUCUCCCCUCCUCCCCCUCUCUCUCUCCUCUCUCUCUCUCUCUCUCCCCCCCCCCUCUCGCUGUCUCUCUCUCUCCCUGUCUCUCUCUCUCUCUCUCCCCCACCUCCUCCUCCUCUCUCUCUCCUCUCUCUCUCUCUCCCCCACCUCCUCCUCCUCUCUCUCUCCUCUCUCUCUCUCCCCCCCCUCUCUCUCUCUCUCUCUCUCUCUCCCCCUCUCUCUCUCUGUCCUUCCCCUCUCGUUUUCUUGCCUUCUUCCUCCCGAGGCUCCUGGGAAAGGUUCCUGCUGGGAGAAGGUGCCGGACCCAGGAUCCCUCAGAAAGGCAUUUCCUUUUUAAACCCAUCGGGCCUACACCAGCAAAGCAGGAUCUGUCCUCAAUCCUGUUCCUUUUGGCUUCCGUGGAAUCCUAUGCCCCUGGACAGGACUUACGGCUCUCAACUCAAGAUGGUGUUUGAUCCGGCCCACAUGUGCAGGUCCCCAAGUUGAAAAAUGUGUCUAUUCAGUCCACCUGCUCCCUGCUAUCCAAGAGCCUACUCUCACACCGACUCAUAAACCAUCCCGUUCCUUUCUCCCCUUGAGUUGCUGACUUAGCCUCUCCUUAAACAUAUCAACAAGAUAUACCUCGCCCACUCCCUGUGCAGGUGAGUUUGACCUUCUCCCCAGGCUCUCAGUCAGGACAUUUCUCUGGAAUUCCUGACUGGAAUUAUUGGUGACCAUCGCAUAUCAAUAGCCCCCUCGUUCUGCACUCACCCACAAGUGGUCGAUUCUGUUAAAUCUUUUUAUCAUUUCAACCAGUUCCCUCAGCACAAGAGAGACCGGGACUGUGCGCGGUGUCUCCCAGUGUGAUACAGAGACCGGGACUGUACACAGUGACUCCCAGUGUGAUACAGAGACCGGAACUGCACGGUGACUCCCAGUGUGAUACAGAGACCGGGACUGUGCGCGGUGUCUCCCAGUGUGAUACAGAGACCGGAACUGUACACAGUGUCUCCCAGUGUGAUACAGAGACCGGGACUGUACACAGUGUCUCCCAGUUUGAUACAGAGACCGGAACUGCACGGUGACUCCCAGUGCGAUACAGAGACCGGGACUGUACACAGUGACUCCCAGUGUGAUACAGAGACAGGAACUGUACACGGUGACUCCCAGUGUGAUACAGAGACUGGGACUGUACACGGUGACUCCCAGUGUGAUACAGAGACUGGGACUGUACACAGUGACUCACAGUGUGAUACAGAGACCGGAACUGUGCACGGUGACUCCCAGUGUGAUACAGAGACCGGAACUGUGCACGGUGAUACAGAGACCGGAACUGUGCACGGUGAUACAGAGACCGGAACUGUACACAGUGUCUCCCAGUGUGAUACAGAGACCGGAACUGUACACAGUGUCUCCCAGUGUGAUACAGAGACCGGAACUGUACACGGUGAUACAGAGACUGGAACUGUGCACAGUGACUCCCAGUGUGAUACAGAUACCGGGACUGUGCACAGUGACUCCCAGUGUGAUACAGAUACCGGGACUGUGCACAGUGACUCCCAGUGUGAUACAGAUACCGGGACUGUGCACAGUGACUCCCAGUGUGAUACAGAGACCGGAACUGUACACAGUGACUCCCAGUGUGAUUCAGAGACAGGAACUGUACCCGGUGACUCCCAGUGUGAUACAGAGACCGGAACUGUACACAGUGUCUCCCAGUGUGAUACAGAGACCGGAACUGUACACGGUGAUACAGAGACUGGAACUGUGCACAGUGACUCCCAGUGUGAUACAGAUACCGGGACUGUGCACAGUGACUCCCAGUGUGAUACAGAUACCGGGACUGUGCACAGUGACUCCCAGUGUGAUACAGAUACCGGGACUGUGCACAGUGACUCCCAGUGUGAUACAGAGACCGGAACUGUACACAGUGACUCCCAGUGUGAUUCAGAGACAGGAACUGUACCCGGUGACUCCCAGUGUGAUACAGAAACCGGGACUGUACACGGUGUCUCCCAGUGUGAUACAGAGACCGGAACUGUACACAGUGACUCCUAGUGUGAUACAGAGACCGGAAAUGUGCACAAUCGGUCCAAGUAUGGUCCAACCAAUGAUUGAGAUACAAUGCAUAUAAGCCCCCUCCCCCCAGCUCCAUGUCUAACCCAUUGAGCACAGGUCUUUAUGAAAGAAGCACCAUUUAUAACCAGUCAGUUGUUUUGCACUUUCUCUACGCUGGAAUGUGACCGAAGUAUACCCAGCUCAUGAAGUGAUUUACGGUCCUGAAGUUUUGUGAUGGAGACAAACGGAGCAUCUGAACCGGUGCACGGCAAAAUCCCACAGACAGACCAACAGUCAGAUGGUCUGUGCUUUGACAUAGCCAUGGUGUAUGAGGGGUUCCUCCCCGGCCCCUCAGACACCAGGGAUGUUCUUGCCCCCUCCGUAGUAAUACCUUAAUUGGGGGAAUAUUGUUCAUCCCAGAGAGGGCUCCAGUUUAAUGUCACACCCCAGAGGAUGUGGGAUUGGGUGUGGGAAAGGGAAUCGACUGGUGGCCCUCUUCGAAGACUUCAGGAAGGGGAUGAGCACACGACUGUUCCCACGGGAUGUGGGAGAAUAUCGCGAGGUGUUAAGUUUGUAAAUAAUUCUGUCUUUGUUCUUUUGAUGCGCUUCGGAAACACAGUUGGAAGGCAGAAUGAAUACUCAUCUGCUCGGACACUCGGCCCAUCCACCAGGGACUGUGUCUGUGCUACGUUACAAAUCUGCAUUCCCAGUGUCAGUAUUAACCGUGCCAAAAUGCGUUCUGUGAAAAGAAAGUUUUCUGAAAAGGCAAAAUAAAGUUUCUAUUCUAGA